AAUAAUUGGCGAAUCCGUUUUUUAGCCUUAUUUUUCAACGAAUUUAAAAAUUAGAAGGCGAAUUUUAUCCGAAUUAUACCCGUACCGAAUUUUUGCCGAAUCCGAAUUAACUAUGUUAUAUAGUAACAUGUACUCUAAAAAUCUCUAAUAUAUAUAUAUAUUUUAAAAAUAUGUAUGUUGCACGCCAAAGGAUAAAAGAUAGAUUUAGGAUCUGAUUAUUUUGAAUUUUUUUACUUUUAUUUUUAUUUUUUUAUUUUUUAUUUUUUAUUUUUUUUUUGAGAGUAUCGUUCUCCUCUAUCUCUCCCCUCCAACUCCGCCCCUCAACAAUGGCGAUGCGCAUGAUUUUUGGCGCAAGAGCGAGGCUCCCUCCCUCUCCCCUCAACCCUAUCCCCGAUCGGAGAAACCCUAACGGUAAACCCCUCUCUCUCCGAACUUGUCGAUCCAACGGCGUAGAUUGUGUCUCCUUCGUUGCAUGCGCCGUUCGAUUCAGGCCCUGCAUCGACAUCCACAAGGGGAAAGUGAAGCAGAUCGUGGGAUCCACACUUAGGGAUACAGUGGUGGAUGGAACGACUCUUGUGACGAAUUUUGAAUCGGAUAAGUCUCCGGCAGAGUUCGCGAAUCUAUACAAGGAGGAUGGGCUCACGGGGGGCCAUGUUAUAAUGCUCGGGGCCGAUGAUGCGAGCCGUGCCGCGGCGUUGGAGGCAUUGCAUGCUUAUCCUGGUGGCAUGCAACUUGGAGGUGGGAUCAAUUCGGACAAUGCGAUGACUUAUAUCAACGAAGGUGCAAGUCACGUGAUUGUUACAUCAUACAUUUUUAGUAAUGGACAAAUGAACCUUGAACGGCUUAAACAUCUUGUUGGUAUAAUUGGAAAGCAAAGGCUUGUCUUGGAUCUUAGUUGUAGAAAGAAGAAUGGUAAAUACGCCAUUGUUACUGACAGAUGGCAGAAAUUCGGUGAUAUCAUUCUAGAAGAGCAGACAUUGGUAUUUCUUGCAACCUAUGCAGAUGAAUUUUUGGUUCAUGGAGUUGAUGUGGAGGGGAAAAGGCUAGGAAUUGAUGAGGAGCUUGUGACAUUGCUUGGAUGCUACUCACCUAUUCCGGUAACUUAUGCUGGUGGAGUCUCAACAAUGGAAGAUCUGGAGAGGAUAAAAUCCGCUGGCAAGGGCCGCGUUGAUAUUACAGUUGGAAGUUCUCUCAAUAUAUUUGGGGGCAAUCUACCAUACGAGGAUGUCGUCACUUGGCAUAACAAUCAAUAACUUCUGGUUACCUAGUAACCCUAAAGAAGUCGACAAUUACGUUCAAUUGAAUCAACUGACAAAAAAUUUUGAACUCGCGCUUCAAAUUUGUUCUGCAACAUUUUUUACAAACUACUUUUGCUAUAUAUAUCUAAUGCUUUAAUGUUAAGAAACUUGAAACUUAUCCCGAGGCGGCGGCAUCUCUGAUGUAAUUUCAUGUGUUUCCGUCUUAUUUGUAUAACCGGUAGGAAUAGUGUCUGUUGUAUUUUGUAAGGAGGAACAUAUUAAUAGACAUUUUGCAGAACCUAUUCCAGUUUUAGUGAGAAAGUUUUUGAUAUUUUUGAGGACAGGCAAGACCUUGAUAUUCAUGUAAUCUUAUUUCUUCUAAUUUAUUGCUAAUAUAUCUUAAAUGCAAAA